GCUGCGACGGCUGCGAUGAUUGGUUACUCGGCUUGUUGUUAAACUCAGAUGACCCGGAUGUGAAAAGGACGCAGCUUUGCUAAUACGAAAGAUCCACGCAUUGAUACCUGUGCUCCACCUCAACUGGGAUCAUGUCUGACAGUGAUGGCCAAGCACCAGAGCCUGCUGGACUGGAUGGUCUGCCACCACUGUACAGUAUUGCCAAGGGUGAGGUGGUCUCUGUGCAGACCUAUGGAGCCUUUGUCAGACUGCCAGGAUACAAGAAGGAAGGCCUGGUACAUGUGAGUGAAAUGUCAGCCACGCGGGUUGAGAGUGCCUCAGAAAUUGUCGAUAUGGGGGAACAGGUGUGGAUUAAAGUCAUUGGGAAAGAGAUUCGGGAUGACAAGGUGAAGUUGUCCUUCUCGAUGAAAGCUGUCAAUCAGGGAACAGGACGGGACCUGGACCCAAACAAUGUUAUGGCAGAGCAGGAUUCCAGGAGACGUAAGCAGUUUAGAGAUCACACAGGCAACAGGAUCACACUGGAGGCUGUGCUCAACACAACAUGCUCAAAGUGCGGCUGCAAGGGUCAUUUUACAAAGGACUGUUUCUCUGCUCCGGGCUUGCAGUACGCUCUUUUGCCUGAAGAGGGCGAUGAAGAGCCACAGCAGCAACAGCAGCAGAGCGCCACAGUUGCACCCCAGCAAGACUCAGACAAAAAGAAGAAGAAAAAGAAGGAGAAGAAAAUGAAGAAGAAGAGGAAGAGGGAGAGGAAGGACUCGGAGAGUGACAGCAGCAGCAGUAGCGAAUGCAAAUCCAAGAGCAGGCGCCGCGACCACUCUCCUGACAAAGAGGACAAAAAGAAGAAAAAACACAAGAAACAUAAAUCACAUAAACACAGCUGAGACGACUACACGGCUCAGACGCACAUCUACAGUCACACACACUGCAGCUAUCAGACAGACGCAAAAAGGAGAAGUGGGUAGCAACAGAUGGAGUGACAGACUUCCAGCUGUGUAUCUUUUAAUAACACUUACUAACACUUAUUAUAGAAACCUUCAUCCAUUUAAGUUCAGGAAUGUUCUUCCUACUAUCUCCCCAUGUCAUUGGAGGCACAUUAAAACCUCCUAUCAAGCUUUACAAAUCUAAAUUGGUCAACAAUGAAAGUGCUGCAAACAAAAAUCAGACGAUAAAGCCACACUUGUCCUGAAGUAACCUCUAGCUCCCCCUCAGAGGGAGACGUUUA